CUGGCUGGAGAGCUGGGCUGGGGGACAACGGGGAUUGUCAGACCGCUAGUAUGCGGCUGGAUUUCCAGUUCGCUGUCCCAAAAGUGUCAAAAGUGAUAGAUAAUACAUAGUUCCUUAUUUCCCUCUCCAUCUCUCGCUCUCUUUUUGGAAGAAAAAACCCAAAUUCAUGCACCAUCCACAAUGCCCGAAAACGCCUCCAUAACCUCAGAAGAACAGCCCAUCUUUACCCCCGAAAGCUACCCCUCGGGUACCCCGCCCGACCUGCGACUGCUGCACUACAACGAUGUUUACCACGUCGAUUCCUCGUCGGCGGAGCCCGUCGGCGGCGUGGCGAGGUUCCAGACGCUCGUGAAUUACUACAGGAAUGAUGAGAGGUUUGCGGGGCAGUCGGAGCUGCUGACGUUCUUCUCGGGAGAUGCUUUCAAUCCUAGUUUGGAGAGCAGUGUGACGAAGGGUAGCCAUAUGAUACCCGUACUCAAUGCCAUAGGCACUGACGUAGCUUGUGUCGGCAACCACGACCUCGACUUCGGCGUCAAGCAAUUCCGCCAUCUAUCCACACAAUGCAAGUUCCCCUGGCUCCUCGCCAACGUCCUCGACCCGGCCCUCGGCGACGGCGUCCCGCUCGGCAACGCAGGCAAGACACACAUGCUCGAGUCAUCCAACGGCAUCAAGGUCGGCGUGAUCGGGCUUGCCGAGCGCGAGUGGCUCGAUACGAUCAAUUCGCUGCCGCCGGACAUCAUCUACAAGUCCGCGUCCGCAACGGCGAAGGAACUCAUCCCCAGGCUGAAGGCGCAGGGCGCGGAGAUCAUAGUCGCGGUCACGCAUCAAAGGGAGCCGAAUGAUAAUAAGUUGGCGGAGUUGACGGGUGGCGGGUUGAUUGAUAUCGUGCUGGGUGGUCAUGAUCAUUAUUACUCGCAUAGCUUCAUCAAUGGCACGCAUGUGCUGAGGUCCGGGACGGAUUUCAAGCAGUUGAGCCAUAUUGAGGCGUGGAGGAGGGAGGGUGGGGGCUGGGACUUCAAGAUUGUGAGGAGGGAUGUCGUGCGGAGUAUACCCAAGAAUGAGGAGGCGAAAGCGUUGGUCGAGAAGUUGACGAGGAGGUUGAGAGAGAAGCUCGACAGGCCCAUUGGAUACACUGCCGCCCCUCUGGACGCCCGCUUCACGACCGUCCGAACGAAAGAGUCCAACAUCGGCAACUUCGUCUGCGACCUCAUGCGAUACUACUACGACGCCGACUGCUGCAUCAUGGCCUCCGGCACCAUCCGCGGCGACCAGAUCUACCCGCCAGGCGUCCUCCGCCUCAAAGAUAUCGUCAACUGCUUCCCGUUCGAAGACCCCGUCGUCGUCCUCAAAGUCACCGGCAAACAAAUCUGGGACGCCCUCGAGAACGGCGUAUCCAACUACCCUGCCCUCGAAGGCCGCUUCCCCCAGGUCUCCAAUAUCAAUUUUGAGGUCGACUACACCAAGCCGCCGAACUCCCGCGUCGUGAGCGCGCAGAUCGCCGACGCCCCCAUCGACUUCGAGCGGGAAUACGUGCUCGCGACGCGCGGGUACAUGGGGCGAGGGAAAGACGGCUACACAUCUUUGUUAAUCGAAGAGGAGGGCGGGACGGCGAAGGAGAUCAUCACUGAGGAGACAGGCGUGCUGAUCUCGACCAUCCUUCGCCAGUACUUCAUGUCGCUCAAGGUGCUCGGGAAGUGGAAGCGCUGGGGGAAGAGCAUGGAUCGCAAGUUCGAUCGCGUGCAAAUGUCAUUGCAGAGGAAUCAUAGCUUUCACGAUCCGUCGCCUCGGAGCCCUAUUGCUGCGCCAAAGCAUCCGAGAAUGAUGUCGUUGAGGAGGGACGAUGCGCCGACGCCGAGUGACAGCGAGGCGGAGAAUGAUAGCGACCAUGAUGAUGGGCCGGUGUAUGAUGAUACAAAGCCGAUCAUGUUUACGGAGAGGGAGUUGAAGGUUGCGAGAGGGGUUAUGAGGAAGUGGUGGAGGUUGGCGGGUUUGAAGUAUGCGCCCAAGGCGUGUGACGAGCUUGAGGUUGGGGAGUUUGAGGUCAAUUGGACCAAGGCGAUUGCGCCCAGGUUGGAGGGAAGAAUCAAAGACGUGAAUAAUGUCGAUUCUUCGUCAGAGUAGUCAGUGGGAUUGGUCAGGACACUUUGAUAUGGGUCCUGGUUUGGUGUUUGGCUUACGAUUUUACGAGCGACUAAGAGAACAAAAAAUCAUAUACGGCUUGGGAACAUAUCUAGAAGAUAGGAAAAGGAAUUAUGAUCGAAUGAUACAUAUUGGCAUAAACAAAGAG